AUGAGCGUGACCGUACCGCCUUUGCUCAAGAAACACAUGGAGGAGAAGCAAGACCAUGCAUUCGCUGACUUGAAGUCUUUGCUAGCUGAACUAACUCUGGAUCAUAAACCACAAUCCAAGCCAAAGUCUGACUCUUUGGAUUCUUUUCACUCCCAAUUGAUUGAUGACGUGUUGUCCAAGAAAAACAGUGAUCAACAAAAAGAUAACCUCGAUUCCAACGAAAAAAGCGCAACGAUUUUCAACUACUUUGCUAACAUAACCAAGAACAAGCUACCUCAAAAAUGUUUGACCUAUUUCUCAGGUGAAGGAAAAACAGAAACAGACAACGUUAGCCUGUACGAGGACGAGAAAAGUCAAACAAAAACCAUAUACCGCUCCAACUCAUUCGAUGAUCUAGAAGAUGAACUUGUAGUGGAAGGUAGUAAUAAAAAAACAGAACAGUUAGAUGCUGAUUCAAUCCAUGGGUUUCAUCUGGAAGACUUCAGCGAUACAUUCAAUUUAGAGAAUGAUUCCGACGAAGGUGACCUUCAAGAUCAAGGGUGUUUGUUGACAAGUCCUCAAAAAUCGGAAAAAAUUAAGCCUGGUCUCGUAUCCAAAACAUCAAGCGAAUGUGAGAAAGUAGUUAAUACAUCAUCAGUGGAAAUUGCAGACAAUUUUCCAUCCAUUGGAAGCAAUACAAGCUUUCAAUUUGAUGAUAUUCUUACAGGUGAUAUAUUAGGAGAGCUGGACAUUGCUGAUAUACCUGACAGCAGAUCUGGUCAUAUUUCUUCACGAUCUAGUCUGGAUCUGGAUCAAGCAAGAAUUGUGAAUGUGAUAGUUGCCAAAUUAAAAGAACAACUGCAGCCAACACUGGAGAGACUUUCGCAAGAGUCAGAAAAAUAUGAGCUCAUGAAGACAGUCUACAAGCUUCCGAGCGUGUCGAACUUGAAUGACGAGGUCAAGCAACAGUUUAACGGGAAGGGAAAAAAGUAUAGCCUUGACUUUGAUAAAGAUAUGGUUGAAGAAAUGGUUGAAAAAGAGCUCAAUAAAGCUGAAAGGAGAAAGAAACAGUUUAGCCAAGUCUCGAUGAUAAGUGCCCAAGAUCAAGUAAGACUGAAUUUCAAUAAGUUCAGACAGCUGGGCACUAUAAUGGAAGAACAAGAGCUCGAGAAAAGCAUUGGGAGGGGGGAUGAGUCUCCGCCAAAAAACUAUAUAUGUAUGAGCAACACAUACUCAAAGUCCGAAGAUACGAGGCAUGUUCACGAACUUAAGACUGAAGAACUGGUACACCUGCUCCAAAAAAUCAAGGAGGGAAAGCUGAAGGAAAUGAGCAAAGUCAAACAUUUGGUGACCAUGUUUGAAGAGGAACAGCAGGAUGUUGUUAAUAGGUUGGACAACCAAAAGCUAAAAAACGUAUUACUGGUAGAGUUGAACAAGAGGAAAGUAAUUUGA